GUCAUCUCCGCUUUCUGCUCUUCUUCUUCUUCUUCUUCUUCUUCUUCUUCCAUCUUAUCGCUCAAACUCAGACCCUCCAACUCAAAUACUCACCUCUACCUUUGUUGCCCGGUUGAAACCCACGAGACUAUGACCCCUCCACGUCCAUAACCAGCACGACUAUCGCAUACUCCACUCCACUAUUUACUCCGUCCGCACCGCGCCGCAACAACAACCACGACCACCAUAAACAAGUCCAAACCUCACCACCACAACGAAAAGAUGCCACCCACCCAUCCUCCCCCCCGAAUACCUCUCCAACCCAUCAUCACCACCACUAACCACAACAAUCACCCCCGUACCGCGCCCCGCGAAUUCACCACCCUCCCCUCAACCUACAACUACACCCCCCACUUCGCACCCGGCACAAUCGUGGGCAUCGUCCUAGGCAGCGUCCUCGGCUUCCUCCUCCUCCUCUACCUCCUGUAUCUCGCCCUCACCUCGGGCCGCAAAUUCUCUCCCUCAACCACCAACGGCGGAGACGGCACAGGCACAAUCCUCACCGGCAGCACGACGUCCUCGCCGUCCUCGCACUCGGAAAUCAUCGUCGAAGAAAACCUCAGCUCGACGCGGUCCCCGCGCUCGCAUCGGUCGCGACGGAGCAGACGGCCCGGCGGCGGUGGGGGUCGUCGCCGACGCGAGGAAAUCAUCGAGGAAGGGUACCUCCCGCCUCCGGGGCAUGGGCGUCUCCACGCGCCGCACUCCAAACAUCAUCAGCGGCAUCGCCCGCCGGCCCCGGAAAUGGUGGAGGCGAGUGUGGUGUCCAGUGAGCGGUCGGAUGUGGUCACUGUCAUGGAGGAGCAUUCGAGUGUCGAGGGCCAGGGCCAGGGCCGAAAGCCCCGGAGGCCUGGGAAGGGCGGGUAUCGGGCGGUGGAUUUGGAUGCGGUGGAGGGGUUGUCGGUUGAUGGGAGUUUGAGGUCGUAGGUUUGGACUGGGAUUAGGGACUGGGAUGGGAUGGAUGGGAGGAUGGUGUUUUUGAUACCCUUUAUUCUUGUUUUCUCUUGUUGUUCCUUAUUGUGAUUCGUGCUGGGAUUGCUACGAGGAUGAUGUCUAAAGAUGCAUGAUUUAUGAGAUAUGCUGCAUUCACAUGAAGAGUUUAGUGAUUGGGCUUAAUGAUAAUGAUGACGGUUGA